UUGGAUCUGGAAAGUUCGAGGUCAGUGAAGCGAGGGCACUGGAGCGCUUUGCCGCCGUCUUCUCUCCUCUCCGUCGGCAGUUACACAGCACAAACAUGGCAACCACUCUUGUGAGAAAUAUUACCGUCCUAAAUAAAGUAGUCGGGGCUGCAGGCUGCCAUCGGACAUUUGCAGCCGGUGGGGCUAAGAAGAAAGCUUCCAAAGGCGCUGCCUCCAACGCUCCAAAAGCAUCAUUACUGACCAAUGAAGUGAAGUCCACUACACUUUUUGGUGGCAACAUUCUAAAAGAUGGACAAGAUCCUAAACUCUUGCUCGAUUCUGAAUACCCGGAUUGGCUGUGGCAUUUGGUAGAUAAACGCCCGGCGCUGAGCGCGCUGAGGAGAAGUGACCCGGAGACUCUCUCCUACGAUGAUCUAAAGCGACUAGUUAAGCUGGAUAACCGAGCAAGAAUCAAGGAGAAUAAUUCAUUGAAGGCCAAAAAAUGAAAAGAAAAAAAGAUCUCCGUUCGGAAAGAAGUCAUUACUUUUGUUCUGCAUAAAUACCCUUCAUAAGCUUAGGGCUUUGUUGAAGUAUGUAUUUUUGGAACUUAACUUUUAGCAUUAUUCAUCAUCAAUAGAAAUUUUUUAAAAAACAUAACAUAAAA